GUCAUGUGUGCCGUUUUCCUUGUAAACAAAUGCUGCAAUUGUUAUUGUGUUAAGUGAUAUCAGUUUGUGAUAUUGAAUCAUAUCUUUCUUCUUGUAUCUUUUGUUGUGAAAUUGAUAUGGUAUAUCUUUUGUUGUUGUAAGAAUGAGCCCAUUAAUAUGAACCGGUUACUUGUUUCGUAAUUCUACUGUUCUCACACAAUAACAAGGAAAAGAAAUCCAAGUCCUCGACCUGUAAAAUUUAGGAUAGUAAAACAUGGAUUAUACUAGUGUAACAUUUGAAGAUUUCCCUCCGGGACCUCUUGAUGAAUAUCGGAAAAGAGCAUCAUUUGAUUGGAAGAAAAUGAAAUUUGCCUUGGAAGGUGAAGAUGUAGCUCAGUAUCAGGCAUAUAUUUGGAAGAAAUUGGAAUCUGAUCCUUUAUUCCACCGUACUAUGACAGAAGAACUGAAAUGGCAAGAGGACCACCACAUUACUUACAGAAGAAUGAAACGUCUCAAGCAUUAUAACUUUUUACCACCUGAACUUUUAGUGGAAAAGUACCAUUUUUCCCCAGCAUUAUCAAAUGCCUUAGCUAUGUAUGAUCUGGCAUUUUAUAUUAAGAAUUCUUUAAGUAUUGAUUAUAUUUCAUUUGUUAUUCGAAGUACUGGCACAUCUCGACAUAUGAAGUUUUUGGAGCCAAUAAACAAGUUGGAAUAUAGUGGAUGUUUUGCCCUAACAGAAAUCAGUCAUGGUACAAAUACAAGAGGUUUGAGGACUGAGGCAAGAUAUGAUCCAGCAACUGAAGAAUUUGUGUUGCACUCUCCAGAUUUUGAAGCUGCUAAGACUUGGUCUGGCAACCUUGGUCAGUUGGCUACUCAUGCUGUUGUUUAUGCUCAGUUGUAUACUCCAGAUGGAAAAUGUCAAGGUCUUCACAGUUUUAUUGUUCCAGUUCGUAACCCCAAAACUCUAUUACCUUACAAGGGCAUUACUGUGGGCGAUAUUGGACCAAAAGUGGGCUUAAAUGGAAUUGAUAAUGGUUUUAUGAUGUUCAAUCAAUACCGGAUACCACGAGAAAAUUUACUCAAUAAAAAUGCUGAUGUCUCACCUGAUGGAAAGUAUUUAACUCGAAAGGGAGAAAAUGAGAGAUUUGGUGAUUCAAUGGGAGCUUUAUCUAUGGGACGUGUUGGAAUUGUUAUGCUUUGUGUCAACUUUUUGCGACUAAGUGUCCCUAUAGCUGUUCGCUAUUCUGCUUUAAGAAGGCAGUUUGGUCCAAAUCCCUCUGAGGAAUCUCCAGUUUUAGAAUAUCAAGUCCAACAAUGGAGACUUCUUCCAUAUGUUGCUGCAACUUAUGUCUGCUACUAUUUUGCUAGAGACUUCUAUCAAGAUUUUAUAGAUUAUUUUGUUGAAACUUUGCUGACUGAUGGUCAGUCAUCUGAUAUGAAUGAUAAAAAGAUAUAUAUUCAUGCAUUGAGCUGUUGUGGUAAAGCUGUUACUGGAUGGAUUGCUAGAGAUGCUAUUCAAGAAUGCAGAGAGGCUUGCGGAGGCCAUGGUUAUCUUAAAGCUGCUGGUUUUGGGACAUUAAGAAAUAAUAAUGAUGCCAAUUGCACAUAUGAAGGUGAUAAUAACGUGAUUUUGCAGCAGACAAGUAACUACCUACUAAACUUAUAUAAAAAGCUGAAAUCUGGGGAAGGUAUACCACAAUGUUUACCAGAUAUACAAUUCUUUAAUAAUAUAAACCAAAUAGUGAAAACAAGAUAUGCACCGUCUUCAAAAACUGAUGUGGAACUUUCUGAUAUUCUUAAUAUGUUUGAGUGGCUUGUGUGUUACUUAUUAGAGAAAUCCCAUGUGAAAUAUCAGGAAGAAUUUGCAAAGAGCCAAAAUUCUUUUGUUGCUCGAUGUAACUCUCAAGUUUAUAACUGCCAUACCCUUUCAAUUGCAUUUUACCAGUUAGUAGCUCUCAAGAGAUUUUCUAGGCUGAUUUCUGAACAAGAUGAUCCAUCAAUGAAAUUAAUCCUCAUAAAAUUGGGGAGACUAUAUGGCUUAUGGAGCAUUGAUAAGCAUUUGCCUAUACUUUAUGCUGGUGGCUACAUUUCAGGAAAUGUUCCAAAUGAUGUUAUUAAAGAAAACAUUGUAUAUUUAUGUUCAGACCUAAAAGAUCAAGCUGUUGCCUUAGUUGAUGUUUUUGCCCCUCCAGAUUUUAUUCUUAACUCUGCAUUGGGCAAAUCGGAUGGAAAGUUAUAUAAAAACUUAGAAGAUGUAAUAAUGAAUACUCCAGGUGCUUUAGAGAGGCCUUAUUGGUGGAAAGAAGUUGUUGACAAUCAAGAUGUUCAACCAAUCAAAUCAAGUUUAUGAAGUUUCAUAUUGUCUAUAUCACUUACACAAAUGUGUCCAAGAAAAACAGACUAUUUAUGUGAGAUUUAAUAUCUAAUGAUUAUUUUAAUAAGUUGUACAAGUGCUAGAAUUAUACUGAAAAUCAAUUUAUGAAAUUUUAUUUAUUUUUUAUUCUAUAUUUUAUCUGUGUAUCAGUUAUAAUGUUUUAUAUUUUAUAUUGUUUAUGGACAAUUUUAUUUUCAAUUUUUAUUGUAUCAUUUUUCUUGACAAAGUGAAUACAGCAAAUAAAAAUAUAUUAGAUUAUUA